ACUCGUGAGGUUCACAAAUAAGCUAAAAAGCCAUAUCUAGAUAUAAUUGCAAAUCGUUUGUUAAACUAGUAAUAGGGAACAAAAACGUGUUAAAUUUGAAGGAUAAGCAAUUAAAACGUUCAUUAAAUAAAAGCAAUGGAGAUUGAUCGAGAAAACUUUUCGGAUGAUGACUCACCUAUGUCAAACUCUACCCCUCACUCGGAAGAUGAUAAGCACAGUGAAGAGUUUCCACAAUCAGAACCAGAAAGAUACCUUGAAGAGUCGCCUCCUCAUGUCACAGAAGAAGCUUACGCUUUACAGCAACACGAGGUUUACCAGAGGCAUGUCCAAAGGCUGAGAAACGAAUUUACAACAUUUCCAUUUAAUCAUCCAAUUAAUUAUGCCGGCAUUGAUUUGUCUGAGCAAUCGCAACGACGCUUACAAGCAGCACAAGAGGCUCAACAAAGUGACUUUUCAUACUCGUUUCCCACACCACCACCAUCAAAAGGCGAAGAUGACGUAAAAAUUUCAUCAACAUCAGCAUCGAAAAAGAGCAGCCACAGCCACAGCAAUAACAAUUUCAACUACGAGGAUCAAUUUAAACAAGUUAGACAACUCUACGAAAUUAAUGACGAUCCAAAGCGCAAAGAAUUCUUAGAUGAAUUAUUCAUGUUCAUGAAAGAGCGAGGCACACCGAUAAAUCGUCUUCCCAUCAUGGCAAAGGCUGUUCUGGAUCUCUAUGAACUUUAUAAGCUGGUGAUUGGCCGUGGUGGUCUCGUAAAUGUUAUCAACAAGAAAUUAUGGCAAGAAAUUAUCAAAGAUUUGAGUUUACCAUCGAGCAUAACAAGUGCAGCUUUCACGCUACGCACACAAUACACAAAAUAUUUAUACCCAUAUGAGUGCGAGAAAUACAAUCUGUCGACCGAUUUAGAAUUACAAGCUGCAAUUGAGAAUAAUAAGCGUGACGGUAGCCGACGCUCAACGAGUUCAAGCUACCAUCAGUACACGCCACCACCGCCGCCGCCGCCACCUCAGCCAUCUCCGCAUCAACAAUUGCAGAUGGCAAUGGCAUCACAACUUGCAGCUAGUACACUAGCAAGCGUUAGCAAUCUUGGUCUCAAUUUCGCCCCUAAUGGAGGCUCGAACAAUCAACAACCGAUUGAACCACCAAACAAUCAGGAACAACAAAUGAAUUCACUUCAAGAAGCACAGCAACGAUUUUUCAUGAUGAUGUUAGUAUACAAUCAAAUGUUGCAGAAUCAGCAACAACAACAGACAUAAAUGCGAGAUGCAUGCAAUCUCAAUCUUGUGUUCGAUCUUUGUUGUUGACGCAAGAUUCAUCCAAUAGCCAAAAACAAAACAUGACAAAAAGUGCAACAAAAAGAAGUCGUCGAGCUUUUUUUUAAUUUCUUAGUAUAAUUUCUGUUAAAUGAUUAAAACGUUUUUAAUUAAGUUUUUUUAAUUUUAUCCCUCAUUUAUUUUUCUAUCACAAUCUUAAAUUUAUCUUAAAUUUCCAUUUAAAUUUAUUUUCUUUCAAAAAUAAUUAAAAUUAUUUCAUCCUUUAGAGUCCCCAAAGAAAACUUAACUAAGGAAGUUUUUUUCAUUGUGAUACAUUUAGACACAGAUUAAUUUAAAAUUUUAUUAUUAUUUUUUUUUCAAUAUUAUGAAAAAAAACAUAAAAAGCAAAAAAAAGUCAGAAAAUAUCAAAAAAAUACAAAAAAAGGAGGACAAAGAAAUCAAUAAAUAAAGAAACUGGUAAAAUAGCAAGUCUAA